GCCUGGCGUCUCCCUCGAAGCCACGAUGGAGGAGGCGCUUCCUACCGUCCUGCUGCCCGGCGAAGCCGAAGCGUUGGUGGAGUCGCUGAAGAACUUCCAGCUGCGGGAUAUCGGAAACUACGGGUGGAUAAGGCAACAUGAGCACAUUGAGAAGCUUAACAUGCAGGCAAUACUGAGUGCUUCUGCUGGGCAUGAGCAACUCCUUACUGAGCUUCUGGUGAACAAUGGCAAGAUCCCAGUUCUGAUUGAGGAAUUAAUCACUGUGGAGAUCUGGAAGCAUAAGGUAUUCCCUAUACUUUGCAGACUGGAGGAUUUCAGACCAAAAAGCACAUUUCCCAUAUACUUAGUGCUGCGUCAUGAAGCUUCAAUUAUUAACCUGUUGGAGACAGUGUUUUUUCACAAGGAAAUCUGUGAAUCAGCAGAGGAUACCAUUCUGGACUUGAUAGAUUACAGCCAUAGGAAGCUGACCCUAUUAGCAGGUCGAAGUGCCAGUGGGAAGAUCCCAGUUGAACAAAAGCUUCAGUCGGAGGAUCUUGCCAGUCCUUCAUCAAUGCAGGAACUAAAGAAACAAGCUGAGGAGAUGGAGUUUGAGAUCUCACUGAAAGCACUUUCUGUGUUCCGUUUCAUUACCGGUCUACUAGAGAGUUUGCCAGUGAGUGCUGCGACAAGAAUUCUGAAUACCCACAACUUUCCAUGUCUCUUAGUAGAGUUGGUAGAGCAUUCUCCAUGGAGCUGCCGUGAAGAAGGGAAGCUGAAAAAAUAUGAGAAUGGUGCAUGGUAUGAGGUGCCCUAUGAAGAUCAUGUGAAGAUGACUAAAUUGGAUGGGCAAGUCUGGAUUGCUCUCUAUAACCUGCUCCUCAGCUCAGAAUGUCAGCGCAAGUACAACUUCAAUAAUUUUAACAAAGGCCAGCUCCUGAAGCUCCGUGCCUUCCUGACCGAUGUCGUCAUUGACCAAUUCCCCAAUCUUCUCGAGCUGCAAAGAUUCCUGAGCCAUCUUGCUGUGACAGACCCUGCUCCACCCAAGAAGGACCUCAUACUAGAGCAGGUUCCUGUAAUAUGGGAAAACAUUGUCAGUAAGAACUCUGGAAAAUGGCAAGCAAUUGCCAAGCACCAGGUAAACAACAUGUUUAGCCCUUCAGAAGAGGAACUGAGAAGCCAGGCUUGCAGAUGGGCAAAAACAUACAACCUGGAAGUGAUGGAAGCCCUGAUCCCAGAGAAACCCAAGUGUGCGAUGUGUGGCUCUGAGGCAGCAAAACGUUGCUCUCGUUGCCGGAAUGAAUGGUAUUGCAAACGAGAGUGUCAGGUACAGCACUGGCAGAAGCACAAGAAAGCUUGCAACUUGAUGGCUGAUACCUUGAAGAAAAUUCAGGAAGAUGUACAAGUACAGGCAAUGCCUUCCAAGUAAUUCUGAUGGGUAGAGAAGUUUGCUCCAGUUCCUCCUUUGACAAAUAGGCUAAAUUUUAGAGUUUGAGAUUAGAAAAUAUCCUCCUAUUAACAACAGACACAGGAAGCCACUUAAUGUCAGAUUUAACAAAAUUUCAGACAGAUACAGCCUGGGCUAGAGGAACAAAAUUCUCGUACACUAGGAGAGAUUGCACAAGAAAAGACUGAGCCCACUGAGUAGAGAAACACCUUGGUUUAGCUUCUCUCCCCUAUGCCAAUUUAAUCUUAAAAUACCACUGCUGCUUGUCUCCUGGACUGUGAAGGUGAUACAUGCAUAUUGGACUGUUCCUAUACUAGUGACAGAGAUCUAGAGUGACUCCCUAGGAAUUUGGAAGGGCUGAAUUUUAGUUGUGCUAGAAUUGCUUCUUUACUUUGUCAUCUAGAAUUUUUAAGUCUAAGGAAUUGUUUUGCAUACUGGCUUAGAUGAAGAACCUGCCCAGUCCCAUGGCACUGAAAUUAACUAGAUUCCCUGCUACAGUUCGAAGCUGACUCACAAUUGUUUUCUUUCUAUGAACCGAUGCAGUCACUGAAACCUAUAUACCUGCUUUGAGAAUGAAAACCUGAGCCUAUUUUUUUAAGCCUUUAUGGAAGAUCGUCAUUAAACCCAGAAGGCACUCAUCUUUUUUGGAUUGUUUUUCAUAUGCCGUUCUAUAAUGUUGGACACUCUCCUGAUCUGACUUCCCUAUGCUGCUUUUCAGAGAGAAGUAAAACAAUCUUAAGAGCAUAAAAUAUGCUGUUCAAAUUCAACCCAUUUUUCAGCACUGUGGAGUGUAUAGACACAUUCACACACACACACACACACACAGAG